AUGCUGCGUGUGUCCAUCCUCCGAGACGUGGAGAAGCGCGCUCUUCGGCGCCGGAAGGAUAGACAGACGAAAGAGAGCAAGGAUCCGACGGAGAAGGAUAAAGAAGAGCUGAACGAAAUUUUAAUUGAACUACCAAAGUUGCACGAACGAAACGAUAAGGAAGUCAUCUCCGAUUUGGUGACAAGUUUUCUCGAGAGGAAUCCCAAGACUAUCCAUGCGUAUGAGCUCUUUAGUAAGUUUUACAUGAAGAUAGGAGACUACAAGUCUGCUCUGAAUCUGCUCUAUGCUGCCUUGUACCUGGACCAGAAAAAUGACAAACUUGUUAGCCUGCUAAGACUGUGUGAGGAGCGCCAGGUGAGGAAGGAGGCGAGGAUCCCAACCAAGUACAAGGAGAGAAUCUGCUACCCGGAGAGGCGGCGGGAACUGCCCUUGUGUGUGGCGGCGGAGCUGGGCCGUUCGAGCGAUGAAGGCAGCGUUGGAAGCGACGGUGAGAGCAGCGGUGAAAGAAGCAAUGAACGAAGGGGUGAAAGCAGGGGUGAACGAAGCGAUGAACGAAGCGAUGAACGAAGCGAUGAACGAAGCGAUGAACGGAGCGGGGGGGAAAGUUACUCUCGAAGUGCCCCGCGAACCCCCGAAAGGAACAACUUGGCCGGAGAGCGGUCUGCAACGCAGCGACCGGCCAAACUGCGCGUAGUGCUGGCCAAGAGGGACAUGGAGCCGGGAGAAGUGGUCCUACAAAUCAAGCCACUAGUACUAACCCAACACAUCUUCUGUAACGGAUACGUGUACCCAACCUGUUACCACUGCCUCAGAGAAAGAAACCUCUCGCACAAGUGCUACCAAUGUCCAGUGAAUCCACACACCUGCACACACAUCUUUUGCAGUUGGAAAUGCUUAGCACAGAACAUGAAGGUGCACAAAGAAGAGUGUCCUAUCAUGCACAUCAUCUCCGCUGCUGCGAAGGAAGCAAAGCUAAUGUUCCACAUCGUACUGCAUAUAUUUCGUGUCCUCAUAAAAGUGAAGAUCGACAAGGAAUAUAAAGACAAGGAGGAGCACAUUCUGAAUGACAUCUUCUCAAAUGAAUCCUUCUACGAAGUGGUUAAAGACAACCAAGUUGAAUUAUUCACCUCUUUUGACACGUUAGCGAAUAGGAUCAUAUUAGAGUUCCCUCCGUCGUUUUAUCUUCACUUAAAGCAGAAGGAGUUAGUCGAAUUUAUGCUUAUCGUAUGGCAGUAUUCCCUCUCCGUUAAGUAUUAUUCUCCAUCUUCCAUUAUUAAGCAAGCCAAUCCGGAAACGACAUUCGGAUUGGUUUUCUCUCCAGAAAUAGCAAAACUGCACCACAGCUGUGUUCCUACCUGCUCCUUCUAUUAUGACGAAGAUGGGGUUCUAACCGUCCGAUCGAUAUGUAACAUCCCGCAAGGGGGAAAACUGUGCAUAAGCAUUUUAUCCGACCAGUAUGUCCCCCUCAAUGUUAGAAAGAGCUUCCGGGGAAUGGCUCGUAUUUUUUCUUGUGGGUGCAUUAGGUGCACCGAUUCAACGGAGAAUAACCUACACCUUAGGAGUAUGAAGUGUCCCAGGUGCAUCGUUGGGUAUAUAUACCCAAUCAAGACGGAGGCGCUGAUCGAGGCGCUCCACAUGAAGGGGGAAGAGGAACUUCGUCGGGAGAGUGAUAAGCGAGGCGAAGUCGGGAAGAGAAAUCUAGCCGAUGAUCGAAAGGACAGCGCCAAGGACGUGACACGCAGACUAGCGGGGGAGGCAGAGCGGUGGCUGUGCUCCAACUGCGGGAAGUUGUCCCUCCAGGGAAACAAGCGCUGCGUGCGGCUAGAGAGAAGUAUCCAGGCCCAGUACGAAGAGGCGCAGACGAAAUAUAUACAUGGGGACAUCAUCCAAGCGAAGAAGAAGCUUUUACAGAUACAUAGAGCGGUGCAGUACCUACUUCACCCGAACCAUCACAUUCUCUUCAACGUAUAUACCUUGCUAGCCGGUUUGAUGAGACACGAUCCGAACCCAGAAUUGCGUGACUCUCUAAUUUUUUUACGCAAGGCAGUAAUAGCAGCGGAGAAUGUGCUCCCUGUAUGCUCACUGGAGAAGGUCCACCUGUAUGCACAUCUGGCUCACUACACCUUCAAUUACUCGAACCAUUGCAAGGUCUACAUGAAGGCAGGGGGGAUAGAUGCAGAAUCGGUGAUAGAACCCAUUUUUGCAUCUAUCUGGAACGCAGUAGUGACAACAGGAUAUAAUUCGACUCUAACCAUCACGCUAAUUCAGCAGAUGAGAAACUAUGCCAUCUGCUUCAAUGUGUACAGUCCAUACAGCGAGAUGCACUUUCAAAUUAACAGGAAGGAAGAGUUCACUACGUUUUAUCAUCAUGUGACACAAAAGAAAAAUGAAUCGCACAGGAAAAUUAAGACAGUCAUGAGGGAGGACCCAUUCUACCCGAUCUACAUGGCAUGCCAAUGUUUCGAUAUCGAUUAUAAGAAAGAAAACUAUGUGAGUCACAUUUUCAAGCUAUUCAAACAAAUGCAAUAUAUCGGCAAUGGACAGAAUGCACUCUCCAUCGCGGCAUCCUUUGGAAACAUAAAAUUAGUGAAGCUCCUCCUAAAGUUGAACUACUCUCCUUUUUCUAAGAAUGAAUUACAUAUGAAUGCUCUUCUACACAUGGCAAGUUCAUUCCUUCCAUAUGAAGAGGCGAACUAUUCCUCCAGUUAUAUCCCCAUUCUGUUACAAGAAAUUGAGUCUCAGAGGGUGCAACUCGACAAUUUUGAAGCUCAAUACGUCACGCUAUUGCAUGGCGAAGAGAUACCAAAGAGGGGAAGCGGUUCCAGCAUGAUGCCUCUGCAAGACGGGCAGACGAAGUGCCACCCCUGGGCAAACGACAUGGAGAGACCCUUCCCCUUUGGGGACCUCCUCCAGGAUGAGGAAUUCACCUACGGACCAGCUAGCCAAAAGGUAGACACAAAUCAGAAAAUCAUCCUUACCAUUCUUCUCAAACAUUUGGACGCGAAACAGAGGUGGAAGCGUAGGAAGUACAAGGAGAAGCUCCGAUUUAACGAGCAUGUUAACCUCGCCGCUGCAGGAAGGGACCACACGGAUGUGGCCGAUGCAGCGUAUGGAGUACACACUGUACAGGAGCCACUCUCGGGUCCGCCUCCCAACCACGACGAAGCCAAAAUCGGAGCAGAAGAGAGCAUCAUCCACAAAAGGCUAAGCACCGAUUCUCACAUGAGUAAUCAUCAUAGAAGGGGAAAGACCUUCCGAAGUGAAGACGACAUAGAUUCAUCAAAAAGUGACGAUCGAAAGGAGAAAAGAAGAACCAUUAUGAAUCAUUCAAAGGGUAGAAACAAUUCAGAUGAAGAGAGUACUACCUCCCUCAUGUGUAGCAGCUUUGAUUCGGGAAAGUCAGACGAUGUGCUGAAUAACAAAGUGAAGCACUACUAUGUUCAAAAAAUACUCACGAAAUCCAUUUCGCAUAAACUGCUAGGCCUGAAUAAUGCACUUCACUACGCAUGCACAAGAGGGAAGAGGAAGUUAGCGAAGCAGCUACUCAUCUGUGGAGUGCCAGUAAAGCUACUUAACAGUGAAGGCAGCACAGCGCUUCAUAUGGCUUCCCUAAAUGGACACGACGAAAUAGUGAAGAUAUUACUAAACUACCAAACUGAAGUGGACGUAAUGACGUCUCAUGGAGAGACUCCACUCAUGUUAGCUGCAUAUGGGUUGCAUCUCCAGGUCAUAAAGACGUUGCUGGCAAAUGGGGCAGACGUCACGUUAAGAAACAACGACAAUGUUAGCGUGCUGCAUUGCCUCGUACAAGGACUGCUACGGACACAUACAGUUUACUAUGCCCAGAGAGCACAUCAUGACGACGUCUUAUCUGUUCCUGUUGUGGGACCAUUCAUGAGGAGAAGCAGUUGGAAAGGCUUCUCUAGUGAGAUGAAUAAUCAUCUCACUGCACACAUCCCUAUCAUAGAAGAUUUGUCAGCCGACCUCUUACUCCUCCCAUUUAAACUAUUACAUAGGAUUAAGAAGGCCAUCACCAUAUUGAAACUGCUCAUUAUGCACUGCCCCUUGUACUUGUACGAAAUGAAAGAUACAAAUGGCUACAAUCCAUUUGAGAUGCUGAAGGCUGCCUGGAGGAGGGUUUGUGACAGACGCAUGUGCAUGCUGGCAAAUGCCGAUUUGAAAUUCUCUGCCUUUAGUGAUCGCCAGAAGAAUAUCCUCUCCCAGGGGUGGUCCCUCAUUACGUCACUCGUCAAUAUGAUACUCUCCAUUUUGCGCCCCGAUCGGUCCGUGCUCACCUCCAUCUAUGCGAGCUUCCUAGCGAGUGACGCCAUCCCACCAGAGGAGGCAACCCAGUCGGGAGGGGUAACCUCACCAGAAGACGCAACCCACCCGGGAGGGGCUUCCCCAACUGAGGAGACACAACCUAGAGAAGCUUCCCCAACGGGAGGAGCUUCCCACCCGAAGGACACUUCGGAACCGAAGGAAACUUCCCAACAGAGGGACCCCCCCGGGGAAUCCAAAUCCGUCGCGAGCAAAAAGGCGGCGAUCGUCCCGAAGAAAAUGUGGCCGAAGAAGGCGAAGCUACCCCCCCCUCCGAAGAGGCAGUAG